GAGCGUCACGACGAGCAGGAGGCUUUGUGGAAGAAGGACGUGCUCAAAAUGCAGCUCCAUAACGAUUUCCCCAGUGUGUCACAGGCUCGGGUGGCCGAUACGUGCCACGACUCAGACGUUAGGAUCUAGCGUGCAGCCAUCGAGCCGACGGAUAGCGACUUUCCCCUCCUCGGUUGUUUUAUGUGCUGUCUGCUCGGCGCUGUCCAUCCGACAGAACUAGUUCAGACAUGAGUAACGUUAAUGUGAUGUUUUGGGACCAGUUGCAGGCUGGUAGCUCCGAGGUGGACUGGUGUGAAGGCAAUUACCUUAUUUACCCCAGCAUCGCUGAGUUUUACAACACGAUCAGCAACAUUUUGUUUUUUGUUUUGCCGCCGAUAUUAAUGUGCCUGUUCCGCCAAUAUGCAAAACAUUUCAACAGUGGGAUUUACCUCAUAUGGAUACUGCUAGUUGUGGUCGGUAUUGGAUCAACUUAUUUUCAUGCCACCCUCAGCUUUCUUGGCCAAAUGCUGGACGAGCUAGCCAUAUUAUGGGUGCUCAUGUGUGCCAUAGCCAUGUGGUUUCCAAAGAGGUAUUUACCCAGGAUAUUCAGGAGGGAUCGGUCGAGAUUCAAAGUGGUCAUCGGCAUCUUAUCAGGGAUCACCACGGGGCUGGCCUUUGUGAAACCUGUUGUCAACUCACUGUCACUCAUGACUCUGGGAAUCCCAUGUACCGUGCUGCUCAUUACUGAGCUGAAAAGGUGUGAAAACCCACGUGUGUUCAAGCUGGGCCUGAUCUCAGGGAUCUGGUGGGCGCUGGCUCUGCUUUGCUGGAUCAGUGACAGGAUAUUCUGCGAAGUGUGGUCAUCUGUCAACUUUCCCUACCUACACUGUGCUUGGCACAUCCUCAUCUGUCUGGCUUCCUAUUUGGGUUGCGUUUGCUUCGCCUACUUUGAUGUUGCUACUGAGGCACCGGAGCGAGGUCCCGUCAUCAUGUUCUGGCCCAGUGAGAAAUGGGCCUUCAUUGGUGUGCCAUAUGUCUCCCUACUCUGCGUCCAUAAGUCUACUAUAAAGGUGACUUAAAGCAACACUGAUGCUUCCACACCAAGACACACCAUCUGUGACUCAUCUUGCAUCAACUGGUGCUCUUGUGACUUGAGGAUAUACGUGAUGCACGUCUUGGGCGACCGAAAGGAUUUUGCAUUUGGCUCAUGUUUAUGCAACUCGAUCAAAGAACAACAGGUUGUUUUACACGAUACACAACUACUCUUAAAUAUCAAAGCCAAGAAACCUUUACAGUGUUACAAACGUAUCUCAGGCUUUGCAUAAGAGGUAUUUAAAAUCUCUUAAGAGUUUAAAUGUUAGUAUUUUACAUUUCAUACUUCUUUAAAGAGAAGAUUUUCUACAUUUUCUGGGAACUGAGAAAAACUCACUGUCAAACAUAGCACCUCAUGAGUGCAGUCAUGAAACCAUGUUUAGAAACAAUAAAGCACUGGAUUUAUUAACUGUGAUUAAUGCAUCACGCAUUAAAGCGUCACGUUGCUAAUACACUCAGCAAAUCAACAGCAAGCUUUAUUGGUUCAUAAAAUGUUACUAAAGAGUUACACAAAGGUCAUUUAUGCAAAGCUUUGUGCUGUACACCUGCCCGCCCGUGCUUUCAGGCUUUUUGCUCAAAAACGUCAGAAACACAUGGGACAUUUCUGCUACAGAUCUGUUCAGUUUUACUUUAAGGAUGCUACUGUAUUUUUUCUUUUUUUUAGAAUACUAAAUGAGGAAAGUGUUUAAUAUAUACCUGUAUAUAUUUCCUAAUUAAAUAGGCAAUAAUACUCUCAAGAAAAUAAUACCAUUCAUAUAUUAGUGAAUGACCAGGUACCUUUUUAAUAUUGGCACCCAAUGUAGAAACC